AUGGCCAACCCGGCCGAUUCCCCGGCUCUCGUGGCUAGCAAUGUCGAAGUUGCCGACAGCAACGCACAGGAUGCCCCGGCCGACUCAAGCCCCAUCCUGUCCCUUCGCCCGGGUUAUGGCGAGCCUCUCGUGUCGCAUGAGCCUUUGGUAGUGUGCGCAGACGACCUCGAACGCCAAUAUCUCCUCGAAUUUUACCCACGUGUGCCCUUUGCCAGACAGCAGCGUCGGUAUCGACACAUGCCAGACAUCGUCAUCUCCAAGCUGCGCGAAGCCAACGGUCAACUUCAAAUCAUGACCAACAGUUACGGCAAUUUUACAGAGUCUCAGCAGUCGCGCUUUGCCGAGGAAGCCCGCCAAGAGAUUGAGAGCAUCCAAUCGACGCUUGCCGUUCUCCAAGGCACACCGCGCCCAAAAGAAUCCACUACACAAAAGAAAAUUGUGGAUGCGCGCAAUGGCGCCAUCCUCCAGAUGGUCGAAGCUGCCAGCCUCGGUAUGCCUCUGGAGGUGUGGAAGACCCAUUUGGGUCGAUACCGUAACCAGGGGACCAUUGAGGGUCUCAUGGCCAUUUACCGAAGCAACGGGGGUGGCUUUGCUGGGGCCCGUGCCUUUUGGCGAGGCACCUCGGCCAAGAUGGUGGAAUCGGCCAGCAAAGGCUCCGUGCUGAUGUUCUCAAAGGAGUUUAUCAAGGACUCGGCAUUGGGCAUGGGCGUGUCGCCCACUGCAGCUGGCUUUUUGGCAGGUGCCGGUGGUGGUGUGUGCCAGGUCUCUGUGAUGGGGCCCUGCACGUUCUUGGUAACGAGCGCUGUCACCAACAAACAAAUCUCCCUCACUGAGCAGAUCCGGGCCACUUGGCAAGCCAAGGGCUUCCGUGGCUUCUACCCGGGUGGAACAGCCAUCGCAUUCCGCCAGGCCACCAAUUGGGCCUCGCGCCAGGGCUUUACCGAUGCCGUGCGAGAGAUUAUCAAAAAGGUCAACUAUGAUAACCCAGCUACGGCCCGUUUGACUGUCUUUCAAGAAGUCUGUGCCGGUGUCAUUGGCGGUACCCUGGCCUGCUGGAAUCACCCUUUUGAGGUGGCGCGCAUUGAGGCCCAGGCCCGCGCAGCCGCGAAUGAACCCAGCCUUUCGAUGCUGGCUACAAUGCGUCACGUCGUGGACGGCCACGGCUUUGGAGGCCUAUUCAAGGGUGUGGUGCCGCGCAUCUUCUUGGGCAUUUGGCAAACCACUUUUAUGGUCACGGGUGCCAACUUGAUUCGAACACACAUCUUAAACGCUCCAUCCAAGUCAGGCCAUUGA